UGUAAUCAAUCUAACAGUGGAACAUUAGCAAGUCACAUGACACCACUGUCCCCUCUCCCACUCACACACUCAUCUGCAGGCAUGUCAGUGUAUCCUGUCCCAACGUCAGCGCUGGAGGUUAACCCCAACUGGGAGGUGGUGUACCAGGAUAUCAGCGUUUAUGGGGUGGUGGGCAAAGCUGUGAUCCUGGAGUGUGGUCCCACCGUGCCUGAUAUGUACAUAUGGAGCUUCACUCAGCCCGGCACCGAAGCCAUAAAAGCUGUGGUGUAUAACCUAGGUAAAGGUCCAAGGAUCCAGAAGUUGGCUGAGACCCUGGGACAGAUAACCAUAAUAUCCAACAGUGCAGCUGUGAGCAUCGAAAAGCUGCCUCUCGCUGCUCAUGGCUUGUUCACCUGCCAAGCCUUCUAUGACAUCGAGCGAGAGCCCAAAGUCUACUAUUACUAUGUGCACCUUACUGUUCGAGUCCCAGUCAGUAAGCCUAACCUGCUGCUAAGUGAUGCAUCACCGGUGGAGGGAUCCACAAUGUGGAUGCGCUGCAUUCUGGAAAAUGGGACAGAGCCAAUCAAGUACAUGUGGCAACAUGAAACCCGCAAUGGCAACAUCACAGUGAUUGCCCAGGGCAGCAGCAGCAUCGUCAACAUGACUGACGUCAGCAGGAACCACACGGGCUGGUACCGUUGUAUAGCCACGAAUGCUGUUAAUACAGACAGCUCCAACCGCUUAUGGCUGGACACCAUCUUUGGCCCCGACCUUCCUGAGAUAAAUGUGACUCCGUUCAGCAUCACAGAACGAGGAUACUCAGCUCUGGAAAGAGAGACUGUUUCUUUGCUGUGUCAAGCCCAGUCCAAUCCAGCCAGUCAGUACGUUUGGUUCUACAACAACUCCCAGGUCUACACUGGUCCACAGUUCACCAUCACCAAGAUCCUCCGCAUGCACACUGGCGAUUAUGCUUGUUUAGCCCAGAACACCUACCUGAACACCCGUUCAAAAAAAACCAUCAGCCUAACCGUGUACUGUGAGUAUACGCUUGACUGACUCCCUAGCA